AUGGAAGAUUACGAUAAACCGUUCUUUACUUUGAAUGUAUAUAGAAAAAAUUUGGAUGAUUUCUGUAUUUAUCUGGACCCUGAAAGUUUAUGGUCUUUGUGUUUUAGUGGCGAGUGGCGUGUCUUUACUGGUAAUGAGAUGGGAGCCCUGCUGACGUGGUGGGUCUGGACAAACUGGCACAAGGCGAAUCCAAAUGUAAACAAGUCUGAUGUUUACAUGAUCAACAGCGCUGUAUCGUCACAGAUUGUAAAAACCAUUGCUGAAGCUGAAGGGUUCAAGAGCGAUGUCACUCUUACUGGCUUCAAAUGGAUGGGUAACAAGGCAGAUGAGCUACGCGCCAAGGGAAAGACUGUGAUUUUGGCUUGGGAGGAAAGCAUCGGUUACAUGCCCGGACAUACUCUUGAUAAAGUGAGUUCAAAUUAUUCCGAAACAGAUUUGGAGUGGACUGGCUACAGGCAAGCGUAA